UGCCCCUGGACGCCCAAAGAUGACGUGUUAACACCGUCCGCCGACUCGUAAAUAAUGCGUCACAUCCAUGAGCCUUGCUGAGCUCCAGCAUGCACAGUGGACACGUUUUAAUAAUAUAAAGCAGCGCUGGGAAACAAGAUGCUAUUUCAACAUAAUAAUCGGAAGUCAGUGAUGGUUUUUGUUCUCCAGUGAUUGUGAGUAGGUUUGAAGCUGGAGUGCUGCUGUUUGUGUACCGCUUGGUGCCUUCAGUCACCUCUGCAGCUGUUUCCUCAAGAAGACACAUGUCCUUGUCAUGGCUUUAGCAGCUGCACGCAGAGCGCCAGUCACAUUUGUCACACACAAGAUUCAGGAUCCUCUCAAGAGAGCCUGCCUGUGGUUUUCAACAAAGGAUGCUAUUUCAGCUGAGCAAAGGAAAUCACUGUCCAAGAAACAGUGGAGAAAAGGUCAUAAAAGGACUGAUCAGCAGUCUUGGGAGGACAGACUGGCCGAUGCAGUCACCCCACUGUGGAGGCUGGCAUAUGAGGAGCAACUUCAGGUAAAACAGCAGCACCAGGAAAGGAUACUGUCUCGGCUGUGUGACCAGCUUGCAAAGGAAUUCCCAUCUCAGUCAUCAUCAUCCUCACUUAACAGUGGGAGACUGAGCUUCCCUGUCCUGCCCAUCCUGCCAUCACCAGUCAGGGAUGGCUACCGCAACAAGUCCACUUUCUCUGUCAACAGAGGAGUGGACGGCAACCCAAAGACAGUUGGGUUUUAUAUCGGAACAGGGAGGGACAGAAACAUCGUCUGCAUCAGUGGAGACCACUUGCUGAACAUGCCAGAGAAACACAAACUGGUGGCCAGAUGCUACCAGGACUUCCUGCGCCAGUCUCCCCUGGAGCCCUGCAUUCUCUUCCACAAUGGGGGUCACUGGAGAGAGGUCACAGUGAGGACCAAUGCGCAGGGCCACACCAUGGCUAUAGUCUACUUUCACCCACAGACACUCACCCCAGACGAGGUGGCGGUCCACAAAGCCUCCCUUGUGGAUUACUUUACGUGGGGUCCCGGAGCAGUCUGUCAGCUGGACUCCCUGUACUUCCAGGAGAGCUGCAGGACACGCUGUAGUCACCAGGAGUCCCCUUACCAGCUCCUGCAUGGCCAGCCACACAUAUAUGAGGAGGUCUUGGCAUUCAAGUUCCGCAUCUCUGCCGAAGCCUUCUUCCAGGUGAACCAGGCAGCGGCGGAGGUCCUCUACAGCACAGUGAGAGACAUCUGCCUCCCAAACUCAGAGAAAAGUGAAGGAAGGGUAAAGCCAGGAGGCACUCUGCUGGAUGUUUGCUGUGGGACGGGUGCUAUUGGCAUUACUAUGUCUCCCAUGGUGGACAGAGUCAUCGGCAUAGAGCUCAUUGAACAGGCAGUGGAAGACGCUAGAUAUAAUGCGGCUUUCAAUAAUGUACUGAACUGCGAGUUUCUCUCUGGAAAAGCAGAGGUUGUCCUGCCUGGACUCAUGCCGCAGCUGGGUUCCUCAAACGGAGGCCUGACAGUGGUGGUAAACCCCGCCCGAGCCGGCCUGCACCACCGUGUGGUCAGAGCUUUACGGAACCAGCCCGCCAUCCACAAACUGAUCUACAUUUCCUGCAAACCAGAUGGUGAGGCCAUGAGGAACUUCAGGGAGCUUUGUUGUGCUCCAGACCCAAAGCAGAAACUCACAGGAGAGCCAUUCUCCCCAACUCUGGCUGUGCCUGUGGACAUGUUCCCACACACUCAACACUGUGAACUAGUGCUGCUUUUUGAGAGGUAGCAAGUACUUCUUUACUGUAGGAAGUAGGGCUGGGUAAUAUGAACCAUAUCAAAUAUAACAAUAUUUUUGACCAAAUACCUUGAUAUUGAUAUUCUGUUGAUAUAGUGGAGACCACUUAUUAGUGCUUUCACUAAAGACUUAUACAACAAUAUUUUUGAUAAAUAAUCAGUAAUGCCUAUAUAACAAACUAAGUGGAUGAAAGCAAAUAAUAGAACAGCGAGUCACUUUACUGUGAAGCAGCCUUCAAUAGCAGGAAGAGACAACAUUUAUGCCAUGUGAUGAUGUCCAAAAUCCCAUCACAUCUAGUCUCAUGUCACUGUAUUGAUAUCAUAUUGGGAUAUUGCCUAGCCCUAGUAGGGAGUAGGCUGUAAUUAUAUGGUAUAAGCUGUAGUGGCUGUACAAAGCUAACAGGUGCAUGAAUAAAUUGAUGUGCUGCAUCACGGGUUUUCAAA